AUGGCAGCUGAAGAAAUAGAUGUGAAUGUGAUCGCAACUAUUUUGAGUAUAACCUCUGAUUACCAGAAAAAGAUACGGAUGCGCCGGGUAAAUUUCAUGAAACAUUACAUGAAUCAGCGAAACAAAAAAAAGCACAGGACAUUUUAUUUUUGGUGUAUUGGCGCAUUAGGAAACAGAUUGUCAUCUGAAAGACGUUUUUGGGUGCAGGCAAGCAAAGGUACAGGGUUGUUUUGGGAGGAAACAGUUGUCAUGUGGAACGACGAUAGCCUCUGGUUGGAAAACUUCCGAAUGUCUAAGGGAACAUUCGAUUUUCUUUGCAAGAAAAUUAAUGCUUAUCUUUUGCGAGAGGAUACAACCUUCAGAAAAGCUAUACCAGUGGAGAAACGAGCAGCAAUUUGUUUUUGGCAUUUGGCUACUAAUGAAGAUUUGAGGUCUCUAGCCUGGCGUUUUGGCGUGGGAAAGAGCACCGCCUGUGAAAUUAUUAAUGAAGUUUGCCAAGCUGUUGUUGAAAUACUACUGCCUCAAGUGAUCAAAUGGCCAUCAGACGAGAAACUGCUCAAUGUCGUUGAUGGUUUUCUCACGACCUGGGGCUUCCCUCAAUGCGCUGGCGCCAUUGAUGGCACCCAUAUUCCAAUUGUAGCACCUUCCGAAUCUUCACCUGAUUACUACAAUCGCAAAGGAUUUUAUUCUAUUGUUCUUCAAGCUGUUGUUGAUCAUCAGUACCGGUACAGUACUAAUUUUCUCAGGGUAAUGUGUAAAUACAUCCAAAUUUUAUUAUUUGAUAACCCUUGCAACAAGCCAACAGGAUACUACAGUGAUAAGGGACUGUUCAUUAUUUAUACCCUAGGAUGGGGUGGGAAAAAUUGAAAGGGGGGGGGGCAUGUAAAGUUCAUCUUGUCCUAUGGGUGGGGGGUACUUGCUUUUUUGAAAUCUUCUGGGGGGGUGUAGAAAAAGAAUUAAAUAUAUUGGGGCACCUGUCCACAUGCAGAACAUAAUGGUAAGUGGGAAAUUUUUGCCAAAAAUGAAAGCGGCGUAUAUAUAUAUAUAUAUAUAUAUAUAUCUUUAACCCGAUGAGUGGCAGCACUCUCCCUGAUGAGUAAAAUCGUCUGGCAUUAGAGUAAAAUAAUCUGGUGUUAGACAGGGUAAAAUAAUAAAGUGGGCGCAUUGCUACUUGAAGCGUUAACAUGGUACAUUUAAGCAGAUAGUCAACCCAUUGAGUUGCAUGGCAGCACUCUCCCCCUGAUGAGUGAAAUCGCCUGGUGUUAGACAGAGUAAAAUAAUAUGGCGUUUGACAGAGUGAAAUAAUAAAGUAGGGCGCAUCUGGGUACAUUGACACUUAAAGGGUUAAACUGACUUUGAAUUAACUAUUAACUAAAAAAUGUGUGUUGAAAUGACAUUUAAACAAACUUAUAAAUGCCAGUUUAAGUUGUGUGUUACACAUUGUAACAAUUAGUGUGUUAAUAGUUUGUUAUACUUCAUAUAGUUUAAUUAACACACCCUGAUAAAUAUCUCUAAUGUAAACUACAAUGUCCAAUACGGCGAGGUUCACAUAAUUUUAAAGCAAAAAUAUGCAAUGGAAACAAUAAUUCUUGUUCUUGACUUAUACCGUAUUCUUUAUAGUAUUAAACUAUUCAUAGAAACGGGGGGGGGGUUAUAAACUUUCCAGUAUUUUAUAGGGGGGGUCUUCAACAUUGAGAUCAUCAAAGGGGGGAGGGCCACAAGAUUCUUGUAUAUGACAUAAGAAUCUCCCACCCCAUCCUAGGGUAUAAAUAAUGAACGGUCCCUAAGACAUAUGUUUCAAACUAAUCACUUUGAUAAGUUGGAUGUUGCACUUAGUUUUAUGUCGUACUAAUGCAUGCAAACCCUGCUAUCAAAAUAUUUAAAAAAAUAUUUAUUUCUUUUUAUGAAUCUUUUGAAGAUUUACUGACAUUUACAUAAAGUGGCCAGGUCGAGUUCAUGAUGCCAGAGUACUAUCAAACUCAGGAGUAUUUGGGAAAGCUGAAGCAGGAUUACUUUUCCCAGAUGUGAGUUUAUCAUAAAUAUUUUAAAUUUACAAAAAAAUUUUAAAAAUUUAAAAAUUUACAAUCUGUCUUUGCCAUAGUUAACAAAACAGAUUUGCGAGUGCAAUGUUCCAGUCAUGCUGGUUGGUGAUCCAGCUUAUCCACUCUUGCCAUGGCUGAUGAAGAGGCAUCCUAAUGAUGGCAAUCUCAGUCCUGCACAAAAGAAAUUUAAUUAUCGCCUAAGCCGAGCAAGGCAAGUUGUGGAGUGCGCAUUGGCCGUUUAA